CUUUCACAGAGGCACCUGCCCAGACUUUCCUGGCGUCUGGAUUGGUCGUGACCGAAAUCCUCUUGAACAUUUUGAAUCAAGCCCGUGAAAGAAGAGGGGCUGAGCAAAUUCCAACCUGCCAGAAGAUUCAAUCCGACAACUGCUUUGGAAAAUCCAUUCGCCGACUGAGCGUGUUCGGUCGGUCGUAUGCGGUUAAUUCCUGGAUCAAAGCGACAGCCUGGGUAUUUCAUAUUUUAUCGGGAUUUUAAAAGUUGUUUUGAAAUCUGAUAUCCAUUGUGUUUUGAAUUAUUUUGGAAGCCCGUUUCAUUUAGAAUCGUUGUGGAAAAUGCCUUCGUAGUUUUGCAAAAUGGUGAACUAACUGCAUCAUUGGGAUAGAGAAAAUUCAAAAGGUGAGAUUUGGCUGCUUGUGUGUGAGGAUAAUAGCCUACCUCACCGUUUAUCUGCGUUCAUGAAGACUGGAUAGCUGAAUAGCCUAUGUAAAUUUAUUUUGCUACCUGCUGAUGAAGUUUUUUUUUUUUUUCAAACAUCGGAACAACACUGUUUGCUAUCGGUCGUUUCUAAUAGAUUAGUAGAUACAGCGCAUUUUAUAAAUUUAUUUCCGUUUAAUUAGUUUGAGCUUUUAAGCGCAUGUGUCAUCGGAGUUAUUUUCUUCAUCAUGCAUUCAGAUUUGAUUAUAUCACCGUUACAGCUCGGCUAGCCAAUUUUGUCGACUAGACAUCUCCUGCCAAACUGUAAAAAAGGCAAAACUGAAAAAUGGCUAAAAACCAAUUGGAUGGGCAUAAUGAUAAUUUGAGUCAGUUUUCCGACGACGAACUGUUAAAAUGCAGCAAAGAGGAUCUAAUCAAAAGACUGAGAAAGGUGGAUAACGAACGGAUGAACCUCAUGGUGGAACACGGCAACAUGAUGAAAGACGUCAACCGGAGACUGCAAGUCCACCUCCAUGAGAUCCGGGGCCUGAAAGAGGUGAACCAAAAGCUACAGGACGACAACCACGAGCUCAGGGAGCUGUGCUGUUUCCUGGAUGAUGAUAGACAGAGGGGCAAGAAGUUGUCCCGGGAGUGGCAACGGUUCGGCAGGUACACGGCCAGUGCCUUGUGGAAAGAGGUGGGUGCUUAUCAGCAGAAGCUGAAGGAUCUUGAGGCCAACCAAGAGACUGUGAUGCGCGAGAACGUGGAGCUAAAGGAGAUCGUUCUCAUGCUGGAUGAGGAGCAGAACGGAGCCGGCUCCAGAAGUUCCAUCGACAGUCAGUCCAGUCUGACCAAUCUGAACGGCUCUGGCGCUGUCCGGGAUGUCGGGGAUGGCAGCAGUACGUCCAGCACGGGCAGCGCCGGCAGUCCGGAUCACCACAACAACCACAUACACAAGCCGGCUGUGGCUACGAUAGGAACCAUCCGGAGGUCGAUGGACGACCUGUCAGCGCCACACCACCAUCGGAGCAUCCCCAACGGUCUUAAUGAAUCAUCAUCAAAUUACAUCCGUCAGCUGGAAACAAAGGUCAGGAUUUUGGAGGAUGACAAGAACAAGCUUCUAUCACAGAGCAGCUCUGGCGACCUGAGGACCCUGCGGAAAGGCAUGACCCUCUACCAUUCCGAAUCGCAGCUCUCCGCCCUUCUGUCUCCACAUCAGGACGGCCUGAACAAUGGUUCCACCCGCAUCCCAAACAGUGAAUCCUCCCCCACAGCCGGGUACCUACCUCCAGUGCAGAAGCCGGAGGCGGUGGUCCAUGCAAUGAAGGUCCUGGAAGUUCAUGAAAACUUGGACAAGCAAAUCCCUGACGACUACGAAGAAGACCUCAGUGAGAAGGAGAAGGCCAUUGUCCGUGAAAUGUGCAAUGUGGUGUGGCGUAAGCUGGGCGAUGCAGCAGGUUCCAAACCGUCCAUCCGACAGCACCUCUCUGGGAACCAGUUCAAGGGGCCGCUGUAGGCCACACCUCCUGGGUAAACCUACUCCAACUACGUGACCUCAAAGUACACAGACAUCCAGUCAUCUCUGCCCGUCUUCCCACUGCCCAUCCAAUCAUCUCUGCCCGUCUUCCGACUGCCAAGGCUUUGGGCAGCUUCACCUGAGUAUUCCUGGACUGUGAUCGACCAAUCCCACGGCAGCCUGAGACACGGUCCUCUAUCACUGGCUGUGUCUCUUUAUUUUGUUGUACCUAUCAAGUAUUUGCGACCGGCAGCUAGCUUGGACCCAUUUGCCACGCCUGGUGUUCAAUUUGAGUUUAUACAGUCAAAGGAUUUUUAGCUCAUCUAGAGUCGGUGUUGAUUUUAGCAGUACAUGUUUGUGGUUUGUAUACAGCCUUCGCACCAAAACCCCACAACGAUUUCUGAGCAUUGUGUGAAUAUUGUAUGUGGAUUUGGAAUUCUCUUUAUAUGGAGAUCCAGUUUUACGGUUGUUUUUGUGUCUUCCAAGGUAAAAGCCAAUGGCUUCAGGUCUAUUUGUGAAACCUAUGGUAUAAACAGUUCUAUCUGCUUUAAAACAAAAGUGUAUAAUAAAUGUAGAAAUAAACUGAGAAAGUGAAUAGUUAAAAAUAGAAAGCUAAAGUGGCAAUAAGUUCCAAAACUGUAGCACUACUUCGUCACUGUAUGCUUGUCAUUUUAGAGUGGCCAUGCUACACAAUUAUAUUUUGAAUUUUUGUGUUUUAAAAGCACGUCAGUAGACUGCACACAGGGUUGGAUGAGUUAAGGCUCCAAAUUAUUUUUCUUUGUGCCCUGUGACAAAUAGUCUAAAACUUCAGGGCUGUAUAUGGCUGUGUAAAUGCCAUCCAAGUCUUCCUGCCCAGAAGCUACAGUAUGUACAUGAAUUAUGAAAAUCCAUGUUGCACACUCGAGUCUUGUUAUAGUGAUGAUUGACAAGUGACAAUCAUCCUCACCACUUCAGCCAGCAGCCCAUCCCCUAACCCUGGUUAUGCCCGGUCACAGAUUGCUGAAGUCGCUUGCUGAAUCUCCAACACCUCUAAUUUGGAGCGGCCACUUCAGCCAGUUCAAUGUUCCACCACCCCUGGGAUGUCACUGGCCAAACAGUGUUGAUUCUAAUUCGUUUUUGCCUCUUGAUAACAUGGUCGUGCCAAACAACAUAACGAAGGUUGACAAAAAAGCAAUACCCCAAAGAGAGGGACGUAGAUUUUUAAAUGGAUUCAGCAAGCGGCUUUCAAGUGACAGCUUCUGUUAUGCCUAGGUUGAUUUUCAUGUUUUGUGAUGUCAGAAUAAAAAAAUUUUAAAGUAGAGAUUUAAAAACUGUUAUUUAAAAAUAUAUAAAUUACAACCUGAUGCCAGGUUACACUAAAAAUAUAAUGCUUUCGGAUACAACGUGGCUCAAAUGAGAAAUAUACAUUAAAUGUUACGUGAACAUUCACAGUGUUGAUUGGUCAAAUGGGCAAGUUAUUCUUUUCACAUGGGUGCUCAGACAUUUAACAAUGGAUGAAUGGAUAUAAAACACAGCCACCACUUUUUCUAUGAAGAUUUGAUUAUAAAGUUAAGUUUAAUACUUAAUGUGACUUGAAUAUGCUGCUUUUGUGAGUGAGGCUUCAAAUUUGGAAACCAGGAUGAAGUUGUACAAUAUGUAUAUGUGCUAAAUUAAACUGGGAUGCAAAGAAUCUGCAGUGCUCUGUAAAUAGACACCAUCUCCUAUAGAAUUACUAUAGCAUGCCUGUGUAACCUUUUUUGAGCUAUACGUAGCUGAAACGGUCCAAUAUUUUUAGUGAGUUUGGAAAAUGAUGUAACAGGCCACUUUUAGAUGAUUUUGGAAAAUAAAUACUUCCUUUGCAA